AUGAAACUGGAAUCAUUGUCCAACGAUUUGUUACUUGAUUUAUUCGAAUUACUCGAUGUAGUCAAUCUACUUCGUGCCUUUUCUGGUUUAAACGCUCGCUUUAAUUCUCUUCUUUAUGAUGUUCGAUCGUAUCGCGUCGAUCUACGCUCAAUAUCAAAAGAAGAUUUUAAUAUUUUCUGCUCAACUUACCUUCAUUUGAUAUCAAAUCGUACAAUUUAUGUACGCCUCUCUGAUGACGAAGAUACGCCAUUUCAAUGUUCUCAGCUUCAAUCGGUCGAUCUUGGAUUUCAACUUUUCGAAAAUCUUCGUUCGUUGACAUUCAACAGUAUUAGUUCAGAUCAUAGUAUUGAUAAACACUUCUUUAUAAAAUGUUGUAAAAGUAACCACCUUACUCAUUUAAAAUUCGUCGGUUGUAAAUUAUUCCACAUUAAAAUAGAAGAUUUUCAAGAUGCGAUAGAUCACAUUUGGAGUCUACCCAAACUAUCUCAUUUAUAUUGGGAUUUCUGGUUUGAAUGUGGACGUCAUUUUCGUAUACCUACCCCAAUAUCAACAUCGUUAAAAUGUUUAACCAUUUGCAAAAAUGACUGCUAUUCAUAUGAUUUUCCAUGCUUAUUGGAAAAGAUACCUUGUCUACAAAAAUUUUCCAUGUCAUCGGAUAGUUAUGAUGAUGAUGAUAUUCCACUUUCACAUAAAUUCAUACCAUCACCACUAAACUUAAAUAUUACAAAACUUACACUAUUGUCAGUACGUUCAUUACGUGUAAUGACCGCUUUGUUUCAAUUAUUACCAAGUAUUACUCGUUUAAAAAUCGAAGUCUACUAUAUUACAUUAGAUGGACAUCAAUGGAAAGAAAUGAUCGUUAAUUAUUUACCUCAGUUGAAAUAUUUUCAAUUUAAGAUAAAUUUUAAUUUCGGUCUUUCGAUUAAUGAUUCAACAAAUGAAGAAAAAGUUGAUCAAUAUCUAUCUACAUAUCGUACACCAUUUUGGAUCGAACAUCGUCAAUGGUUUAUUCGAUGUCAUUGGGUAGUAUCCCGAACAUAUCUUGAUAUGUUCAUUUAUUCAUUACCAUAUGCAUUCGAUUGUUUUCAUCUUUCUGACGAUGUUUCUAAUUAUCAUACAAAAUCGACUUGUUCAUCUGAUAUGUAUUAUUGCUAUGAUUCUGUUCGUUACAUAGGAUAUAAUCCAUUGUUACUCAAUAAAGAAUCGUUUUCCUAUAUGCAACUCAUCAAUAUCGAACAAUUAUCGCUUGAAUUUCCAAUUGAUCAACACUUUUUCUCAAUUAUUCUUAAUCUUGAAAAUUUACUAGCACUUAAUGUCACUAUCACGAAGGAAAACGAUCAAUGGCAAUUACAAACAUUACUUGAUCGUGCUCCUCGUUUAUUCUCACUGUCAUUUUCAAGUUCCAUCUUAGCAGCUAUGCCACCAUAUCCAUAUACAAGUUCAUCAAUACGUCGACUUGAUUUAGAAUGUUCUGAUCCAUUGCGACGUCAUCAUAGCUAUGAUAAGAAACAAUGUAUGGAAUUAAUUCAAUCACCAUUGGGCAUUCAAUGUCGAAUACUGGUCAUUAAAGUAGAGCACCAUGUAUCUAUUUUAGAAUUAAUUUAUGGUAUGGAAAAUCUUCGAACAUUACAUGUCUCCGACGAUAAUGAUAAACGUAGCAAUCCAAAUGAUCUGGUCGAAGUCUUAAAGCAUUAUUUACCAUCAAACUGGACUAUUACCAGACUAGGUUAUGGACAUAUCAUUAUUCAAUCAUGA